UCAUUUCUCUCAUCUCCUCUGACUAGCAAUACCUAUUUUUUUUUUUUUUGGGUUCAAUUUCCAGACAAACCCUAGUGAAAAACGCACUCCGAAAAUCAGAGAAAAUGGCUUCAACCAACCAAACACCCCCUAAGAAAAACCCCAAAAAGGCCAAUCUAUUGGAUCAUCACUCCAUCAAGAACCUUCUAGAUGAAUCAGUCACUGAGAUUGUGACAAGCAAAGGAUAUCCAGAAGAUGUGAGAUUGAGUAACGUAAGGUUGUUGAUUGGGACAAUUAUAAUUGCAAUUGCACUUGUUGCUCAGUUUUACAAGAAGGAGUUUCCUGCGAAUCGCGAUUUUCUCAUUGGCUGCAUUGUCUUGUAUAUCUUGUUCAACGGGAUAUUGCAGUUGAUUAUCCACACAAAGGAAAAAAAUGCGAUUUUGUUCACCUAUCCUCCGGAAGGAUCUUUUAACAGCACUGGCUUAAUCGUCUCAUCGAAGCUGCCUAGAUUCUCCGAUAUGUACACACUUACUGUAGAAAGUGCUGAUCCCAAGUCUAUUUCUGCAAGGCCAAAAGUUGAAUUUACCAAGAGCGUCACAAAAUGGUUUGCCAAAGAUGGAGUUCUUGUGGAGGGGCUAUUCUGGAAAGAUGUUGAAGCCUUAGUUAACGAUUAUGCUAAGGAACACAAAAAGAGCAAAUAGAUGCUGUCAGACAUUUUGAUAGGAAAGUUGGUGGCAUGGAUAUAGCCAAUGAGAUUUAAAACGUCGGUUAAUGUCUUCUGGAUUAAUAUAAUCUAAAUCAUUAUUGAAGCAAAGUUGAUCCAUUUUCAUAGUUGAAUUAUUUGAUCCAGCUGAAAGUAUUUUAGCCCUAUUGGCCCUUAUUAUUAUUAUAAAAGUAGAGUAUUUUUGCGA